AUGAGGGCAGUACGGCCUGAAAAUAUAUUUGAUUUAAAAAUAUCAACGAGUGGAACUCUAAAUUAUACGGAAGAGCUUUCAUCCGGCUGUAUGGGUCUCUCUCAAGUUGUAAUAUUUCUCUUCUUAAACUUCAUCUUGAUUGUAUCUUCGGCAUCAAUUCCAACCCGAUGUAAAAUACCAACAGACUUAAAAGUCCGCUACGAGAGCUUGUCCAAGGCAGCCAUUGGCAAUCAAUUUAUUCUACCAGCUGAAAUGGCUCCAGCCGAAAGGAACCAGACAACACUGACCGAUGGUGAUAAAAGCUGCCCAACACCGCCUGUGUCUAGUGAUAUCAUCCGUGAACGUUCCACCUGUCCUUGGUACCUGAAUAUUACUCAUGAUUCAACAGUUUUCCCUCCAUCACGUAGCGAAGCUGUAUGUCGGUGUAGAAAGUGUUUAGAGUCUACGAGUACCAACCAGCAAUGUACGACUGUAUACACUAAAAUGAGUGUCUUGAAACGUACAGGUGAAUGCAUUGAUGGAUUGUAUGUGUAUGAACCACAUGUGAUUGAUGUAGCCACAGCCUGUGUGUGUGCACAGAGGGUUUAUUUCAUUGCUGAUUGA